AUGAGUUCUACAUGCCGAACUUGUGGUGAACAAAAGGAUUUAAUUAAUAUAUUUGAUACUGGAAGCACGAUAGCUGACAAGUUAAUGAGUAUUGCAAAUAUUCAGGUGCUGGAAAAUGAUUUUCUUUCUCAAAAAAUUUGCAAAGACUGUAUAUCAGAUCUUGAAAAAUCUUAUAAAUUCAAACUUCAAUGUGAAGAGUUUGAUAAAAAAUAUAGGAAUCAAUUUGAAUUGAUAUGUGUUAAUGUAAACUCUGACUUGUCUGUGAAGGAAGAAAUUUUAGAAGUCCUAAUAUCUCCAAAUACAACAGAUUCACUAGUAGAAACAAACAUAGAAAAAGAUGAACCUAAAAAGAAAUAUACCAAAAGAUCUACGUUUACUAAAAGAAAAGUUAAGAAAGACCCAAAUAAUUCAGAUAAUUUAACAUGUGAUAGGUGUAAUAUAACUUUUACCACUUUGGCAGAAUAUGAAAAACAUAAGCGAACACAUAGAAAACGUUUUCCUUGCAAAGUUUGUCAGAAGACUUUCAAUUCAACUGCCCAUUUACGACUGCAUGAUCAGGUUCACAAGCAAGUAAAUGAACUAGAAUUAUUCAAAUGUGAUUUAUGCUCAAAAUCUUAUGUCAGCCACACAAAUUUAAGACGACAUAAGUUAUCCCAUAAAACAAUAUCGCCACAUCUCUGCAAAUUUUGUGGUAAACGCUUCACAACAGCUUAUGUAUUAAGAGAACAUGAAAAAUAUCAUAUCGAAGGAACAACAAAAAUUAUUAAAUGCAAAAUAUGUGAUGAGAAGUUUAAGUCAAGAUUGCAGAUGAUAAAGCAUUUAGAAGUGUCUCAUAAUGAUUUUACCUUAUCAAAGACUGUAGCAUGUGAAUACUGUGGCCGUAGUUUUAUUAAUGAACGAACUUUGAAAUGGCAUUUGAAAAAACAUUUGAGUGAAAAUAAUGAAUUUGAUAGAUCAAAAAAUGUUGGGCACAUUUGUUGUUAUUGUGGUAAGUCUUUUAGGUACAUUGGACCUUACACCAUACAUCUACGAACACACACCGGUGAAAAGCCUUAUGUUUGUCCAAUUUGCAGCAUGUCUUUUAAUAGUACUUCGAGUUUAAAUUCUCAUACAAAAAUCCAUACGGGAGAACGACCUUACGCUUGUGAAUUAUGUGAUAAAAGAUUUUUUAAACCAAGCAAUCUGAAAAAUCAUAUGAAAGUUCACACUGGCCUGAAACCUUAUAAUUGUACAUACUGCAAUAAGUCAUUUUCAGAAAAUUGUACAUUAAAAAUUCAUAUCAGAACGCAUACAGGUGAACGACCAUUUGUUUGUAAUGUUUGUGAUAUGGCAUAUAUAGACGGCAAAAGUUUGAAAAAACACACCUUAAAAUAUGGGGGAAAUUGUUUAGAGAUCAAAAAUAAAUAA